AUGCUCGACACCACGCCGUCUGCAGGCCAGCCAAGGCCGCAGAUGCCAUCAACACGGUCGAAACAAUCAAAAUCGAAACAACAACAAUAUCAAUUACAACAACAACAAUCAUACUCAUUCUCCUCAUCCUACCUCUUCCUCCUCUACCUCCGUCUAUUCUUCUGCCUAUACUUCUCCUUUGUCACCUUCUUCUCCACCUCCCUCCCGUCGCCCCACUCGUUGUCACCAGACUGGCAGGGUGAGCCUGCUCACUCUGGCAGCCUGGAAUGUUCGUUCCCUUUUAGACAAUCCGAGGAGCAACCGACCGGAACGGAGGACGGCGCUAGUGGCACGAGAACUGGCGCGCUACAAGGUGGACAUCGCCGCACUCAGCGAGACCCGAUUCUCCGAACAAGGCCAACUGGAGGAGGUGGGUGCCUGCUACACCUUCUUCUGGAGUGGUCGACCCAGGGCAGAGCGACAAGACGCGGGUGUCGCCUUCGCCAUCCGGACCGACAUCGUGGGACGACUGACCAGUCUGCCGCAGGGAAUCAACGACCGCCUGAUGAGCCUCUGUCUGCCUCUCCGACGGGGAGGCAAAUUCGCCACCAUCGUCAGCGCCUACGCUCCGCCGAUGAGCUGCUCCGAGGCCGCCGUUAGGGACAAAUUCUACGAGGACCUGCACGCCCUCUUGGCGACUGUGUCAAAGGAGUACAAGUUGAUUGUCCUGGGUGACUUCAACGCCCGCGUCGGCACAGACCAUACUGCCUGGAGAAGAGUGCUGGGCCCCCACGGACUCUGCGGCUCCAAUGACAAUGGUCUGCUACUGCUUCGCGCCUGCGCAGAACACCGCCUCACCCUUACGAAUACCUUCUUCUGUCUGCCGGAGCGAGAGAAGGCCACCUGGAGGCAUCCUCGGUCGCAUCAGUGGCACCUGCUGGACUAUGUCCUCGUCCGGAGGCGAGAUCAGCGGGACGUGCUGGUGACGAAGGCGAUCGCGGGUGCAGACGGGUGGACCGACCAUCGCCUCGUCAUCUCUAAGAUGCGUAUUCGCCUACAGCCUCGCAGGAGACCACAAGGUAAACGACCCCCAGGUAAGCUGAAUGUUGAUUUGUUGUCUUUGCCCGCUCAUCAUCUUCAUUUCAGCAAUGAGCUAGCUCAACGGCUAGACAACCUUCGGAUCGCUGCCGACGACGCCGCUGCCGAGAACGCCUCCCUGUCUGCGUGCGUGGCCGAAGUCUAUUAG